AUGUCCGAAGCGCCUGCAUCCUCGAAAACCCCACUAGACUUCUCACAAGCCAGUUGCGCCACAUCCUUGCGCAACCUGAAACGACGACUCUCGUCUUCCGUUGACCCUGCGUUUUUCUCAUCUGCCUCCUCUUUUAACCCUAAGCCAUAUGUCCCAAACGUGGCGUCGUCGCAUACGUUCAACGCACCGAAGUCGUUUCCGCCCACCCGCGGUCAUUCAUCAGCACACUUAGCACAGUCCAUUCAGGUCAUGGAUCCCUCACCCUCAGAUCCAAACGCUGUUUUCAUUCAUCCACCUUUCGCUGACUUCCCGAAUUCCCACUUGUAUCCUGAAGGGCUCUCCUAUUCCUUGAUGGCCGCCAACCCGGAAUGGUUCUUAGAUCAGAAUGAUUUCAUCUCGUCGGUAUCGAUGAACCCCGGUGCCAUCCCAUAUCCUCCUCAGCUUGAGCCGCCCAGAGGCUGGUGCCCAGCAAAGAAGAAAGACCUCAAAGCCCUGGGACCAGAUGGUUGGCCAGAUGGUGAGGAGCCACGGUUGCGGUGCACUUUUUGUAGGAGGACGUACGCGGGUGUCAAUGCGAAGAGUAUGUGGCGACGUCACGUAUACGAGAAGCACAAGAUUGCCAUGUCAAACCGUCGUGACAAUCAUGAUCGUACACGCGGUCGCCGAGCCGCCCAUAAUCACCGCCAGGGAACAUCCGACAAGGAGAACUUGUCAGAUGACCCCCGGCGCGAUGUCAAACCUUUGGAAUUGUGCCCCAUAAAGUCGAGGGCGCGGUCGCCUUUGAGCCCUUCUAAGACAUUCUCUAGCAACUUUACUGGCGACCCUACAGCCGAACCGGAGACGGCCUCCAUCCCUUCAACGCCCCUGAUUGAGCAAGCGAAAAUUCCUCGAAGCGAUCAUCACCACGAAGGUGAACAAGUGCCUUCAAAUGAAGUGCUUCGCACCGGCCCAGUGGAGCAAGGGGAAAGUCAUUCACAACCGAAACCUGAGGGGACGUUCCUGUCUCCCAAGACCACAAAUUUUUUGGUCCCGUUUUCGCCUUACGAUCCAACGUUGACACCAUCGUUCCGACACUCUCCUCCACGGCUCCCUUCGGACCAACCUUGGCGCUUCCCUAGUCCUAGCCAUCCUCUCCACUCUAAAGCGAGAGAGAUGUGUCUCAGCAUGCUAGUUCGGGGUGGUGCCAGCCCAGUUGUCAAAGGUGACCCAACUGCCUGUUCGAGUUCCCCUAGCAUGGGUCCCCCUAGCAUCAUCAAUACACCGUGCAGCCUCGUGGAACGCAGAGCUCUGGGUGACAUGGCACCAGUAUUUAUAGGAGGAAAUUCUCCUGUGAUAUUUAGACCGUCUCCUCGACAACUAUUUGCCGACGGACAGUCGCCAAUCUCAUCCUUCAACCAUCUGGACUACCGUAAACGUCUUAAUGACUCUCCCCUAGGGGGUGGUUUGCGACGUCGUUCGAACUUGCGGAAGAAAUCUACCAUGGCUUCUAGCCUUGACGUGCAGAACGGUUGGCUGUCCGACGCCUCACUAUCAUCCGCCGGCAGCAUGACGGCGGGAAGCCCUGCACGCCUCACGCACGAUGAUCCCUUUGGCAACCUCUAUAAACCAUUACUCCAGCCCAAAACAAACGAUGGUAUACACCAAAGGAGCCCUUCACCCUUGUCAUCUGACGAAGCUGGAAGCCCAGUAGUACGGAAAACUCGACCGUCAGGAGUAGGUGCGCCAGAGCUGGAAGCGGGUGUUGUAGGACUCGGCAUUGGGUUGAUGGCCCCCUUUACGCUG